CGAUACAUGACAGCAAUCCAAAUCAUGACAAUGCCUAAAUUAGUAUUGACUACGACGAAGACAGCGCAGAUUUUUUUUUUGAACACCGCAUUUUUCCUGUUGCGAUUGCUCCGCUUUAUGAAGGACAGCGUAUCAUGCUCAUGGUCUGGCUCGUGCGGCCAGCCUGCACGAGCAGUGGAGGUCAACACACGACUCUACUCAUGCUCGUCCUGCUCUUGGUCUGCUCCUAAUACAUAGCUGCUGCUUGGUUGCAGCACGACUUGCUCCUGCUAUGAGCAAGUUGAGUAGUAUUUUUACAGGCAAGAAAUAAACGUAUUCCGCGCUGAAGCAGUCGUUCCAAUGAAGACGAUCCGGCAUCUGGGUCGUGGAGCCUUCGGGCAAGUGCGGCUUUGCUUGUUAACCACAACGUCUUCAGCGAAGAUAAAUGUAGACGAGACAGAGUGUACCUCAGCAACAUGUUCAUCUUCGUCCACGAACAGCAUAACAACUACGACAACCAACAGCUGCCUACAACCCGGGGCAUCAACUACAGAACAAGCUCCCAUAGUACAACUAGUCGAACAGCAGAUUUUGGUCGCGGUCAAGUUAGUCGACCUCUCCGGCUUGUCGAAACAACUGAGGAAGCGCGCGCUGAAGGAGGCCAAAUUGUUGCAGAAACUUUCCAGGCACCCCAACAUUGUGGACUGCAAGGACGUCCUGUUUUCCGAGAAGGACGUUUUGCAGAUCGUGUUGGAGUACGCAAAAUGCGGGGAUCUGCACCAACACUGCGAGAAAUCCGGCCGGUGCAGCGAGGCGAAGGCGCUCUGCUGGGGCGGCCAGGUGCUCUCCGCGCUGGCUUACUGCCACGCCAAGAAAAUUCUCCACCGAGAUUUGAAGCCGGCGAACAUCCUGCUGUUCCCGCUCGGCCGAGCGAAGCUGGCCGACUUCGGGGUGUGUUUCGUCGGUAUAGAACGCCGAGGUUUUGUCUAUUGGUCUUUCUAGUCUAAAUCGUGUCGGCCAUUUUGAUGAACAGAAAUCUCGCUAAAGGACAUGAAAAGUAGAAGUUUUUGCUUUGUUCACUAUACAACGGCUAGAGCCAGUACAUGAAGUUUUGAUACGAGCGAUAAAAACAAUAAAACAAACCACCUUUCAGGCGACAGCACGAGUGGCAACACGACCAAGAGCAGCGGUAGCAAGGCUGGUCAUCUGCAACACCAGCGCGGGACUACGACGAGGAACGCGCAUAACAGCCAGAACACGAAGUCCACCGUCCGCGCGAAGACGGUGAUUGGGACGCCGCACUAUUUCGCCCCCGAACUCGUGAACGGUGAGGAAUACGGCCCGGCUUCCGACAUGUGGAGCUUCGGCGUCUGCCUCUACGAGUCCAUCGCGUUUCCGGACCGCCCGUUUACCGGUACCAACCUCGCGGCCCUGGCGUUGAAGAUCUCCAAGGCGGUAUCCUAUGUAAAAACUUCCCCACACCAUAGUCAAGAUGGGGAAUCGGCUAGACAAAUCCACAAGAUUUGGCUGCUUUGCAUGACAAAUUUGGACUCGUAGCGUUGUGCUGUUUGAGGUAGUUCAGCAGCAUCACAGAUCUAGUAUAUCAUGCUGAUUGGAGCAUGACAAAUUCCAAAGCACAUACAGAAAAUGCUUCCCAUGGGGCUCCGCAUGAGAAACAUUUUCAGCAUGCGGAUUUGCAUUACAGCCAUGCGGUGGGGACGUUUUUAAAUACGAUAGGCGGAUUGGCAGCGGCUGCCGGACCACGUCGUGAGCGGUGGUGCGGUGAACAACGUGAGAUUUCUGCUGGAAGAGAAACUGCUGCUCGAAAACCCGAAAGCGCGAAUCCGGGCGGCCAAGGGCAUGGCCGAAAUCGAGCGCAUUUUCAAGGAGGAAUACGGAAUCUGUGCCGUGAAAAAGAGUAUCAGUAAAACCCCUGCAGCAGCUCCUGCCAGUGGCACCAGUGACACACCUGCUGGGCCUGCUGGAAGUCGUCCGGAAGUUGGAGGUCGUCCACCCCUGCUGCCUGCUUCAGGAACAGCCUCAUCCAGCGUGCAGCAAAGUGAAGUUGUAGGUGAAGACGGACUUCUACCACUAGCUGCACCAGAUGCAGCAGCUCCCGCGUCCUUCCCAACAUCUAGUACAAUUUCUACCGAACUGCCCGCCGACGCGGAGAUGAUGAAGAAUACAACUGCGACAUCAUCAAGUUCCUCUUCACUCGAGCGCUACGCGUUUCUCGAUCCGGUCUUCUAUCCGCAGCUGUGCGACUGGCGAGAGCUGGAUCACGCAGCAGAGGACGAACAGGAAGAAAAAAAUUCCGGACCCCUGAAUGGCCAGUCGAGCGAGGACGACGAAAGCUGGGGCGACGCUGAGGAAGUCAAAGAAGAGGAGGAGGAGGAAAUAAUAGAGCCACAAGGUACCAAUGCCACGACCUCGGAGGCGACGCUUGAUGAUGUGCCGAUGCCCGGACAACAUCUACAGAAAGAUCAGGAGGAGGGGAGUUCUGCUGGUCCUGAUGCUCUAAAAGAAGAAGUACAUCAGUACCCCGGGGGCCGCGACCAGCUUCUCUCAGAAUCAAGAAACGAGGGGGAUGGACAAGAUGACAAUGGAGAUAAUGUUGCCGACGAAGAGGCCACAGUGAAGACCACACUGCGGUCUUUGCCUAUCGGAGAAGUAGGACAAUUACGACAAGACCAUCAUCAUGUGGAAAUGCAGUACAACGACGAGGAUCCGCGGUUUUUAGAAGGACCAGCUAGAAGAAUAUCACCCGCCGAUGAUCUUCAGGGAGGAGUGAAUCUACUAACGGCGGAGUCCUACGAUCCGAACAGGCCGAUCACUUUUAACAUCACAAGCAACUUCCCGAGCGAGGACACCCUGGCCUACUCGCCGUCGAAUCACCUCCCCUCGAACAGUAGCAGCAGCAGCAUCAUCGUCAUGCACGAAGGAGGAGAGCAGCUGCUGCAGGGAGCGAGCGGCGUUGGUGAUAUGAAACCAAAGAAAUCUCCUUCAAAAAGUCACGCGAUCAUGGCAAGUGCAGCAGGACGAGCAGCGCCGCAAGAAGCACAACGGGAUGAUGAACCGUAUCUAGAUGUUGAAGUUGAACAAAGCGAACGAUAUCUCUCUUCAGUUGGUCCACGUGCAGCUGCUUCGUCUGGACGCGCUGAGGCGGACUGCGGGGGCGGUUCCGGCGGUGAGUUAGUUCGUCCGGACUCGUCGUUCACAUCAACAAUCUUUGCAGGGGAGGUCGAUGAUCAAGAACAUCAAGCCGCGCCGGUAGAUGAAAUGAAUUCUGAACAUCAUACGGCCCUCGCCGACCACUUACGAAGGAGGAAGAGAAGGGGGUCAGCGGACAACUAUUUUUCGGGUGAAACUGGUGAGCCCGAAACUGUACCCAGAAGGACGACUACAGCCUCCUCCUCUCGCCCCCCUUCGCAGUCUUCCGGGCCCACGAGAUCUCGGGCAAACAGCACCAGCGAGGGAAGCCACAUGCAGCUGCCAGAGGUGAUCGUCCGGCGGGGUAAGACGCCACCAAUGUCACAGGGGUCCACGCCGAAGAUCCUCGGAAGUUGUACAAGCGACCGAGAUAGACUCGUGACGCCACCAGGUGGAGGGUCUGUGUUGCACUAUGGCUGCUACAGCUCCAGUGGGAAUUGCACGCCGGCGGGGAAAAUGGACAGCACGCCGCCAGAAGCUGCUGCUGCUGCACUCGAUAGCUGUUCUUUGUCAACAAGAAAUCCUCGCGGGAAAGACAAUAUGUCCAGGGUCACGACGCCACGGCCUGCGCAGCAGGUGAUACUGGAGAGGAAGAAAUCCAAACCCCUGAAAGCGCUUUCGCCGCCGAAGCACAGAAACCCCAGGGCAGUGGUUCCGAUUUCGUCGUCUUCCAUUUCAGGGUGUUCCUCAUCUACUGGAAACAACAAUAAUAAAAACUCGUCGAACGGCAGUCAGGUGGGGAACAGCCAAGGCGAUAGCUACUUGCGGAACUACAUGGCCAGGAAGAAAUCACAGGAAAAAAUCAACAGUUUUGCUGGUGGGCCGGGCGGGAACAAGAUGAGACUGUCGAAGGACCACGCGGUCAAGAACCGAGGAGAGCAUGCAACAGACCGCGACCGAAGCAAGAGAAGAACGGCUGAAGAAAAGUCGUAUGCUGGGGUAGUCGUCGGUACUGGAGGGUCGUCCUCCAGUACUAGCAGCUCUACAUCUCUAUCGUCCAACUCCAAGCAUGGCAGAAUGAAAGCAAACGCGAAGGACGGCUCGACAUCAAGAGUGACGCCUCGCGCAGCCAGCACUCCGAGCGCAUCAGAAGCCGGGGUCAGCGGGGCUGGAGGUGCUGACGAGUAUCAACCCGUCGCAGCAACGAAGGAUGUUGAACGUGAGUCUGGUCGGCAAAUGUUCCCGUCGCAGUCCCACGUGGCUUUACCCGCCGGGAGUCAACAUCUUCGCAGGAACCGACCACGCGCAGGCUCCUCCGGCACUACCACUUCGGGCGACGGCACGCCGCACACGUGCAGUAACCGAUCCAGCCGGAACUCCACACUCGACGCGGUUGCAAACAGGGCCACGAAUGGAAGCACCAAUUCCACUACAUCCACGACGACAAACAAGCGCCGGAGCUCUUUCGUGGACCGCAUGCGGCAAUUCAAUAAUUGUGGCCAGGGCGGAGUGCAAGAAGGUUCUUCCGCUGGGGGAAACGACCGAAUAAACGCGAUCGAACAGACCAACUUUUCCACGGACGAACCUUUACCCAACCCACGGAUUCCCAGCCCCGCUCCCCCAGUGCCGCACCCCGAACCGACGGUAGCCUACUCACCAGAAGCAUUUUCAGCAAACCCCGUGUUUCUGAACAGCGGGCGGCACUUGGGGAUAAAGAAGAAAAAGACGGUUUUGGUGCACGAUGGGAAGGACUUUUACCGCAUGCUGAACACCUCCAGUGUGGAUUCGCCGGGAAUGGUGAACGACCAAGAGAACAUCGACAACUUCCUGAAUAAGUCGCUUACACAGCUCGGAGGAUCUCUAUCCGCGGAACGAGGCGCGGUAGAAUUAGAAAGAAAAGAGAGCAGUCGGGACGAGCACGACGCUACUAUUGCUAUGCGUCAGCAUUUCUAUUCGCACGACGCUGCGCAAGACGAAGUUUUCAAGAUCCGGAUUCAGGACGAAGCAGAAGUAGUACAUGACCCAGAGGACGAUGAACAAGUUGACUUCCAGCAGACGCAAAAGCUCUCUUUGCCCGGCGACCUUCCGCCGGAUGACGAGUUGCGGCUGAGUCGCGAGAAUGGGCUCCUUGCAGACGGUUGUUCUUUAGCAAAGAAUCCUCUGGAAGGUGAUGUUGAAAGCGAUCCUUUCCGCGUGACGCGCGCAGCCUGGACCGAAGAUGCACACCAGCUGAAUGCGAGCUUGAAAUACGUGGUCGGUCGUGGCGGGGAACCUUCAGAAGUCCAUGCGGUUUUCGGAAUAGGACAGCAAGCAGGUGAAGGUGGUGAAAGUAUGGCGAGGACUCCGGCGGACGAAGCCCAUGGCGUUGCAGCCGGAGGUAACAUAGACCGACUUUCAAUAGUUGUACAAAACUUUUUUUUGCAUUGUUCCCGAACGAUGGUACUGGGUUUCUUUGUCUUUGCUUGGAUAGGAAAAUAUUGAACAACAAACUCAGGGCCGCUUCUCUCAAACGCGCGCUCUCGGCCACAUUUCCUGGACAUGCAGGCCACACAGGAGUCAGCUGUCACGGUGAAAAUCACGCCAACCUUCGCAUCUCCACUGGAGGACGAGGACGGUGAAGACGGUCGCGCGCCACCUUGCAGAACAAACACAGGGCCUCAGCGCGUAAUGGCGCCCGACCCAAGUCCAGCCACAUCAAACCACCCACAAAGCAGUAUGGCUAGUAGCUCCGCAACGGUAAAAGACAAUUGCUACUCAAGUGGAACAAAUCUUGAGCAAGAACGUCCUCCGCUUUACAGUUCCAACGACUUCUACACCUCCAGAGCGUCCACGACGAAAACCGCGAGGAGGCGGGUAAACAGUUCCUUACUCGCGUCCCUGAGUGCGGACGAUGAGGACGGCGAGCAGGAUGAUGACGAGCUGUUUCUCGCCCAGGUGAACGCGGGCGAGGACUUUCAGCUUGUGUUUGAGCGGAAAACACCAUCGAACGGAGACAACGCGAAGAUGAAGAUGAACCAGAACAACCAAGGGCAGGCUGGCUUUUUCACCAAUAGUACUGCUGAACAAAACGAGAACAGGAACAUGAUUUCCGCCCCGGGAGGACAUCUUCAGGGUGGAGCCUUCAAGAAUCCAGCCAGCGCAGGGGACGUAGAUGCUGAACAUGAGGAAACUACGCCCAUAAAUCUGGAGAUUCACUCACCGCGGAUAGCGCAGGGAGUGGAACCGCGUGCGGCUGCUGGUCUGCCAGCACAUCGUGCCCAGCACACUGGAGGUGCAGAAGAAGAUCAGCUGCUCGGCGGCCAGCAACGGCCAGGCGGUGCUACAAUCGAGGACGAUGAUGAAAUCCUGUCCGACAACAAAACUGCUUCAGAAGAUGAAGAUCCUGAAGAUCUUUGCUCGGAGUACUCCGACGACUUUGAAAUCGAAGAGGAAUCAAAUUCCUGUGAUGUAGCUGCUGCACCACACGAUUCGGAAAAUUUUGUGAAGGUGCAGUGUCGCGACCAACUGGAUUUGAACCUGAAUUCGCCGUCCAUGUGCGUUGUUUUGUCGGUGGUCGACCGGGUCAAGAACCCGUUUCAAGACCAGGGAAACAUUUUUGCCCUCACGUCGGUGCCGGAAGGAUGACACGACCAGGAGAGGCGAUUUUUGGCGUACACUAGAAUUAAAAGGAGUAUACGGAAAUCUUAAAUUUUUUAGUGCCGAACUUGUCAGUCACGGUCACCAUUUUGCUUUUGAUACAAAGAAACGAAAGUCUACGUUGGAUUGUAAUCUAAAUUUUUUGUGUUGAUGACCUCGUCCUAGUCGGAGAUGUUCUCUGCUCGUCGCGCACAUUCAGGAGCAGAACUUCUCACCCAAAAACCGUUUUUUCGCUCGCAGAACUAUACACGCUUUAUUUUACGCUGAAGCUACUCGUAGGGAUGAAUUCCCACUAUCAAAAGGCUUCUAGCAGUACAACUACACUCUGAUAAAUUUCCGGCCAUGUUGAAAAGCACUGCACGAGCUAUGGCAUCUACGCGAG